AGAUCUUUAUUACAUUGACCAUAUGGACGGACGGAUACUGACACGGUUGGGUUGGUUGGUUCUUCUUGGAGUGUGGGUCGUCGUGGAAGAAGAAGGAUAACCUGAGCGAGUAGUUCAUAGUAGAUUUGAUCCCACGAAACAAGUCGCUCUCUGGUUUAAGAGAGGAGCACUUGGCCAAGUCCUCUUACUUCCAUUUGGACCCUUGAACUGAACGCAUCUCAAUCUGUGUAUCAUUUCAAAGAAUUCGACAGAGUGUAACAGAGACACGUUCAUUCAUUCUCUUUUUGUGUACUGGUGAAUCUACUUCUUGGUGAUCAAUCAGACAAACCGCUGUUGGUGAUAAGUGUGGUGUUUCUGAGUUUUGACACAAAAGUUCGAGUUAUAUACACACACACACGAGUGGUGCAAGCAACAUUUGCGGAACUGGAUUCGAAAUCUGGUCAUCAGCCAUCAUCCUUGCCAUCUGCAGCAGCAAUGGUAAUGAAACUUGAAGUUGGAGAUUGGCCAAAAGAGGCUAAAAUGGCGAGCGGUACGACAUCCGGUCCAACCAUGGCACCUUUCUCCAUCAGAGCACUCCUCCAAGAAUCUUCAGCACAUCAUCACCACCAAGACCUAGACAAACUGAGUGGUAGACGUGACUCCGGUGGUGGUGAAAGUCGGGAGAAUAUAACUAAUCACAAUAAUCACAAUAAGCGACGUCUCAGUGCUCUUAUGAGCCAUCACCAUCAAACUGAUCUCAUGAUGGCCCCAUCCCCUCCUCCCACUUCCACUCUCGAGGUCGUGGGCAGCAGAAUCUCUGCCCUCUGUGAUACCACCACCUCAAGUGACGAGAAUGAGGAUGAUCAACUUGAAGUGGACAUUGAAGACGACGAUGACAUUGAUUUGGAGGAUGAGAAUGAGCAUGAGGAAGGCGAAGGUGUGAUGGAUUUGAGUGAUCUGGGGAGCAGAAAUGUAUCCUCGUCAUCCAGCACUGACUCCCCAAAGCAGAACAAUGAGCAGAACAAUAAUAACAAUAAUUCCACUGGUGACGACAAAGUGGAGAAAGAGGGGAAAGAUGGCAAGGAGUCAAAGGAUGGGGACGACAAGAAAAAGAAGCACGAAAAACCGCCGUACUCGUACAAUGCUCUCAUUAUGAUGGCAAUAAGGCAAAGUCCCGAGAAACGGCUGACUCUCAACGGAAUCUACGAAUUUAUCAUGAAAAACUUUCCCUACUACAGAGACAACAAGCAAGGCUGGCAAAACAGUAUUCGCCAUAACCUCUCACUCAAUAAGUGUUUCGUCAAGGUGCCUCGUCAUUACGAUGAUCCUGGGAAAGGGAACUACUGGGUGUUGGACCCUUCCUCGGAGGACGUCUUCAUCGGAGGGAGCACCGGGAAGUUGAGACGCCGAACCUCCACCGCCUGUCGCACCCGAUUAGCCGCACUCAAGAGGAGUCUCACCUACGGAUUCCCCGGCCACUCCCCCUUCUUCCCCCCUUCGGGUCACCCGGGUCAACCCCUCCCUCAAGGCCAUCCUGGGCUAGGAGGAGUUGGCAACCAACCACUCUCCCCUCCCUUUUGGAAUCCCGGCAUUCCUCCCGUCGUAGCUGCGCAGCUUUAUCACCAACAAAACCUACAUCACCAACAACACUUGGCUUCUGCAAUCUACCGAUAUGCCGCAUCACAGUAUUACAUGUCCAACGGUCAUCCCACAAAUGCAGGAAAUCCAAUGUCAAACAAACCGAUAAUGCCCACUCCUCAAAACGUCUCAUUUUCCGUGGAGCGACUCCUGUCAUCCAAACCACCGCAAGUACUUCAUCCCAAUCACAUUCAGAAUCUGCAACAGCUUCAAAACCUCCACCACCUCCAGCAGCAGCAACUCCUUCACCCCCACCACCACCCUCACCACUCCUCCCCCUCACCCCUUCACUCCCUUGCCAACCUUAGUCAGAGCCAUCCCAGUCCGACGAGCUCAGAGGGGUCCGCAGCCUCGGCAACCACGCCCACUCCGAUCAACAGCGCUGGUAAAGGUUGUUCCAUUCCGACGUCGCCAAGCAUUGGUGGUGGUGGUGGUCAUAGUCCGGGUACUCAGCAGCCAGGUCUAAUUGCAUCAUCAUCCUCACGCAACAUGUCAUACGAUCCUUAUCGCGAGGUCUUGAACGAUAGUCAGUCGAGAAGUAGGCAUCACCAGCAUGAUCAUCAUGCAGUAGACUCGGACUGAUUUGAUUAUUUCACUCACCACGCCACGCACUCGUUCCUUCUCUUUCUUCUUGCAGCUAUGUGGCAAUAGUGGUGCGACUAUGGUGGAAACCAGUAUUACUAUUAUUAUUCUUACUGCUGCUUAUACUAUUUGUACAAGUAGUAAGUGUGGUACUAUAGCUGAGAGUAUUAAUCGUUUCAUCUCGUCGACCCAUCAUCAUGAUGGUCGGUCGGUUGUAACAGCCACUCCUAUUUUCAAUCGGCCAAAAAAUCAAUUAGAUUCAGUCCUUCCAUCCUUUUCCGAUCGAAAUCCAAUCGUACUUAUAUAAUUCGAACGAGUGCAUGGAAUCCAUUAUUUAGUGCUUCUCCCAAGCAAUAAAUAUUCCAUUUCUCAUUCAUUCAACCACAUUAUCGUGUAAUGGCAGCCAGUGACCCUUGCAUCCCAAAAUACACACAUGCACGCAGUUGUACAAUUUAUUACAGUGGCCAUUUCAAAAUUUUCUUUUCAUCAGUUUUAUAAUUUCAUUAAAGUUUCAAACUGAAUGUGAGUGCGGAGGGUCGUUUGUAGUUGGUGCAAUCAAAAACUUUGUGGGAAACGCCUCUUACACAUAAUGACACAGAUUAUAGUAUUCAGUCGCUUUUAGAUAGUAUUUUGUACUCUUUUUCGUCAGUCUUUUUUAGUUGCCAGCAAUCCACACGGUUUUGGUGAUGAUAGUCAAAAUAAUCAAAAUAUAGGAACGACGACUGCUAUUUAUUACCGCCUAAGAUGACACAUAUUUAGUUUAGUAAUUACCGAAUCUCAUAUUUCGUUAUCCACUCAAUGUAUUUAUUUAUGAAAAAUGUGAACAUAAGAUUGUACGUACUUAUCAUAUUAUUAUACACACGUUGUUACAUUAACUUUUACUGUUGUUGCAAUGCAGUUGUUAUUUAUUAAAGAGAAAUGAAUUAAAGUCGAUAAAUUAUUAUCAAAGUUUCGAAA